AUGUCUCCGCAAGACGACAACAGGAAGCGGCCAGCCGCUCUAAAUCUCACGGCCAAACGUUCAGCCUCGACAGACUCGUCAUCCUCGACUUCAUCACUAAAGCCGCCUCGCACGCCUCGUUUUGCCGAAGCCACAUCAGUACACUCUCCCGUCGACGGCCCUCGGUCUCCCUUCGUCCCGAUGGACGACAAGUCAGAAGUGCCCCAGUCGCAACCUGGCGACAUUGGCUUUGGCUACAUAAACAACCGGGAGUCGGUUGCCGUUCCCAUGAGCCCAAAGACCCCCCUCAAGAGCGCCAUGAAAGUGCCAGGAACCCCCGCAAGGAGGUUCGACAACCCGCUGAGCCCGACGUUCCGGGAGGAGGAUGUUCUGGACAAGCGGGAGACGAAAACCGACAAAGAGCAGGCCCGGGAUCUGAGGAUUAAAACCCGAGUGCGAAUGGCCAAGUUUGCCCUCCGAGGCGUCAGCUUUAGCUGUGCCCUGAUCAUCAUUUCCAUGCUCUCGGCCUCCUUCUCCAUCUUCAAUGCGACAAGAGCUUUGCCCGCACACAGUGGCCUGCCUUCUUGGGCAGAAGGGACAAGGCUAUGGCCCCAGAUCAUUGUCAUCGUUGUGGCCGGCAUUUCGCUCCUCGGUUGCAUCAUCGUCUUUGCCGCCUACUGCCGUGGUGGCCACAAGCGAGCGGAGAAGGUCUCGACCUACUACACUAUGUUUGCCAUUGGGUGGUUCAUCCUCUCCAUGGUUCUCUGGGCCGUUUCUGCCGGUAUCUUCCAGCAUUCCCGGAACACAAUGGACGGGCAGGACGUGUGGGGAUGGAGCUGCCGCGAAAACAGACGUGCCGAUCUGUACAGCAACGAGGUCGACUACGCCCUCGUCUGCCGCCUGAACAACUGGGUCCUCAUCUGCAUCUUGAUCGAGAUCGUCGUCGAGAUCAUCGCCAUCUCUCUUUACAGCAUCGUCUUCUACCGCUACUACACCAAGCGUCGCCUCCACAAGUCCAUGAACAUGCGCGACAAGGCUCGCACCGAUCUGUACCUGGCCCAGCUCCGGAGCCAGUCCGCUCCCAACACCCCCGGUCUCAGGUCUCCCAGCCUCAAGUCGCCCGGCCUGUACAGCCAGUACGCUCUGUCGCCGCGCAACCCCGAGAAGACGUUCGCGUCCCUCGGCGCCAUCGAAGAGGGCACGCAACAGCAGCCGUCCUUCACCCCCGGCACCCGCUUCGUCGAGCCUGAAUCCAGCUUCGUCCGCCAGCAACAGUCCACCUUCAAGCUGCAGGCGCCGCCGACAAAGGCCCCUUCGGCAAAGCCCAAGAACCAGGCCGGCCUCACCCCGACUUCCACCGAGGCGCCGAGCUUCCCCGCCCAGCCGGAACCCGUCGCUCAACCUUCCCAACGGCAGCCGGUCCACAUCGAGCACGAGCACGUCAGUGGCGCGGCAGACGAACCGGUGUAUGAAGCUGUGCCUAUUCCUGGCGCGUACGCCGACAUGGCGCCGAAGCACAGGUAA